AAGAAGAAGAAGAAGACACAACGUUUAACAAGAAGAAGAAGAAGACAGCACGUUUAACAAGAAGAAGAAGAAGACACAACGUUUAACAAGAAGAAGAAGAAGACAGCACGUUUAACAAGAAGAAGAAGAAGAAGAAGAAGACAGCACGUUUAACAAGAAGAAGAAGAAGACAGCACGUUUAACAAGAAGAAGAAGAAGAAGACAGCACGUUUAACAAGAAGAAGAAGAAGACAGCACGUUUAACAAGAAGAAGAAGAAGACAGCACGUUUAACAACAAGAAGAAGAAGAAGAAGAAGACAGCACGUUUAACAAGAAGAAGAAGAAGACACAACGUUUAACAAGAAGAAGAAGAAGAAGACAGCACGUUUAACAAGAAGAAGAAGAAGAAGAAGACAGCACGUUUAACAAGAAGAAGAAGAAGACAGCACGUUUAACAAGAAGAAGAAGAAGACAGCACGUUUAACACGAAGAAGAAGAAGAAGAAGACGACAACACGUUUAACAAGAAGAAGAAGACGAAGAAGAAGAAGACAGCACGUUUAACAAGAAGAAGAAGAAGACGACAACACGUUUAACAAGAAGAAGAAGAAGACGAAGAAGAAGAAGAAGAAGAAGAAAGCACGUUUAACAAGAAGAAGAAGAAGACGAAGAAGAAGAAGAAAGCACGUUUAACAAGAAGAAGAAGAAGAAGACUACGUCACGUUUCAUCACCAGAAGACACGAUGCGCUGUUUCUCCAGCGGCCUGCAUGGCGUCCUGAGGCUGGUCUGCGCGUCUCUGCUCGUAAAUCAUGGAUUCGCUGGUAAAAUGAAGAUCGUGGAGGAGCCCAACACAUUCGGGCUGAACAACCCUCUCCUGGCUCAGGGAAGCAGACUGCAGCCCAAAGUGACCCCAUCUCCAGUGGCUGGCCCUGCGCAUUUCCAUCAGCUUGCUGGGAAGUGCUUCAGUCUCACAGAGUCAACGUAUAAAUAUGAAUUCUGUCCGUUUCACAACAUCACCCAACAUGAACAGUCAUUUAGAUGGAAUGCCUACAGUGGGAUUCUGGGAAUCUGGCAGGAGUGGGAAAUGGCAAACAACAGUUUCACGGGCAUGUGGAUGAGAGACGGGGACGCGUGUGGAACGAGAAACAGGGAAACUAAGGUGAUCUUCGUCUGCAGUGCGAGCAGCAAGCUGGCCCAGGUCUCCGAGCCCAGCACCUGUGUGUACUCGCUGAGCUUUGAGACGCCACUGGUCUGCCAUCCACAUUCACUUCUAGUUUACCCAACAUUGAAUGAGAAGCUGCAACAUGAAUGGGAUGAAGCUGAGCAGGCUCGCUAUGAGGGUCUCAUUACUGAGCAGGGAUACAACAAGCUCCUGAAGGAUGUUUUUGAGGACGCUGGUCUCCUGAAGAGCCAUAAAGUGAAAACGCAGCCAGAAGUGGCAGCUGAUGCAGAAACACACAACUCGUUACAGAAAUGUACAGAGGAUUUCCUAAAACAGAGAGAAGAGAUUGAGCGACUGCACGCUCUCCUCACGCAGCACAAGAUUCCCUUUGAUUCAGAGCAAAAUGAACCGAAAGGAACAACGGUUUCGACCGUUAAUGAUCGCCUGCGGGGAGACACCAGUCUGAUCGGGCUGCAGUGACAUCUCCCAAAGCAAGUCGACUCCAUUUGAAAGUGGAUGUUAAGAUGUUGAACACUAUCGAAUACCAACAUCAUUACAGGUCAAUUUAAACAAGUGACACUGAGAACAAUGGAACUCCUGAAUUACAAACGGGAGACUUUCGUAGAUUAAUUUUCUUUUUAAUCAAACUGUCAACAUGCAAGAUAUUGAGAAAUACUUUUGUUAUAAGUUGAGAGGGAAUAGUUGAAUGUAUUUAUGCUUCAUUAGGUUUACAAACUUCAAGAGAAAAUAGAGUCCCUACAAACUGUUGUGAAGACUCUGUAGGAAGGAUACACCAUCCUGCUGAUGCCUGGAGUGGAUGAAGUUAUUCUGAUCAGCCACUUUACAUAUUCUGGGCGUCGACAUGCACAGACAUGUCGACACACAUUCCUGAAGCGUCUUCCUCCAACAGUCUCAGCUUCCUGUGGCCUCGCUGCUCAUCAGAGCUGAAACUGGAAUUAAUUACAUUUGGAGGUUGAAAAAGUAGCUGUGUAACUUGGAAUAAAAAAUAAAUACUUUUAA